AUGGACCCUAUGGGCGCGUUCGGCGUGGCCGCCAACGUCGCCCAGCUGCUCAGCAUCGUCGGCCCAACAGUCAAGAUCCUGUGGGGGGUCGUGAGCUUGUUGAGGAACAGGCCGCCCUCAUUCCACCAGCACCAACGGAACAUCGAGCUGCUCCUGAUGGUCGUGGACAGCGUCGACUGGCAAGCCUUUUUGCUUUCCGGAACGGACAGGCACAUCACAAGCCUCCUGAUCGACAUUUCCGCCCUGGCUGUGCGGGUUUCGAACGAGGCCAGGAAGCGCUACAGCUUCCUCAGCGCUUUUCUCUUUGGCUCGGCCCGCCACUCGACGCUGCUGGGACUGGUGCAGGCGUUGGAGGCCAGGACGUCAAUCCUCCAUCUCCUUCUCAACCACCACACUUACCGCAUCCUGUCCGACAUCCAAAGUCGACUUUACGGUUUCCAAGGUGCUCCAUUGCGGUCGUUGGAAAAGGCCGAGACAAGAAGUAGCACCUUGGAGAUCAGCACGACGGACAGUGGCGACAUUCGCUACUGUACAGUGGAGCGAGAGGAGCGGGCUGGCAGAGCUGGUGUCCAAACGUCGAACAGGGUUCCGGUACAGGAUAACCGCGUGUACAGCCAGGUCGGGCUGGCCACACUGGCAUCUCUUGCAGCCGGAGCCGCGUCGAUUGCCGCAGGCCAAGUUGCGAUUGUGCUCGUCUGUCGGGACCCUCGCGCGGCUUUCGGUGGGGCCCGGGCUGGAUUGGGUCCUGGGACGGUCUCUCGAAGGGCACCACCUACACUUCCGUCGCUUCGCGACGUUGACGAGAUGACGGAAAAGGAAGGUGAAGGGCUGUCGCCUUGA